GCAUGACUGUAGCAUGAAGAACGCUGUGUACUGUGCAACGUUGUGUUGAUGAGAGUGUAAUAAAGUGUUGGGCGUUGUCAUUUAUUCAUUGAUACCUGCCUUUUUGGCGGUAUUAAUAAAUUUUUUUUAUAAAAAUGAAGUGCGAUUGGUAUUUUGUUAGUGCUGCUCUUUUAUGGAUUUUUAUAAUUUUUAUUCAAAAUGUUCAAGGACAAAAUGAAAACAUUACAGCAAAGUGGUGCACUGUGUCUAAGGAUGAAUUUGAUAAAUGUACAGAAUUUGCAAACGUCACAUCACGAGAUAGAUUAUACUUUGGUGCACAUUACAUUCAAUUAAAUUGUACUCAUGCUUUUAAUAAAGAAGAAUGCAUGUUUCUUUUGGAUCAAGAAAAGGCACAUUUAACUACUUUAGACGCUGGUGAAGUUUUUACAGCUGGAAGAUAUCACAGUCUCAUUCCAAUAAUGAAAGAAAUUUACGAUAAUAAAUUAAAUUAUCAAUAUGCAGUUGCAGUUGUUAAGAAAAAUUCUUUAACUGAUGUUUCCAAUUUACAUCAUUUACGAGGCAAGAAAGCUUGCUUUCCUGGUGUCGGUAUAUUAGGUGGAUGGGUCAUUCCACUAAAUCAGCUAAUAAAACAUGGAGGAAUGGAAAUUCAUGAUUGUAAUAAUCAUGUAAAAUCUGCGAUUAAAUAUUUUGGAGCAAGUUGUGCUGUGAAUUCAUUAAUCGACAAAUAUAAUCCAUUAGGCGAUAAUUCUCAUCAACUUUGUGAUUUGUGCAUUGGAAAAUUACCUGGAGGUAAAUGUACAAAUGCAGAUCCAUAUUCUGAUUACGAAGGAGCAUUCCGCUGUUUAUCCGAAGCUGGAGAUAUAGCUUUUCUGGUUCAUUCAACCGUACAAGAAAUGACAGCAAAAUUAUACGAAAAUUCUCUACAUACCAAAAACGAUUAUGAAUUGCUUUGUUUGGAUGGAUCACGAAGACCAGUAGAUGAUUAUCGAAAUUGUAAUUGGGGUGAAAUUCCUUCACGAGCAAUUGUCACAUCUUCAGCAAGUAAUCAAUUUAGAAGAAAAUUAUAUCAAAAAUUUUUAGAGAAGGCAGCACGACGUUAUGCGCCAGAAAAAAAUAAUUCUACUUAUGAUUUUAAUAGUCGAUCAGAUGGUCGAGAUUCUUUUAAUAACUAUUCUGGUGAUGGAUUUGAUAGAAAUCAGAGUAAUGAUGGACGAAGAUUUGAUACUGGGGGUAAUUCAUAUAAUGACCGAAAUAAUUAUUAUGAUGAUAAUCGAUACACAACUGAAACGCCUUACAUUAGAAGAGUGGACAACUUCAAUUUAUUCGAGUCAUCUCCAAAAUAUUCAAAGCACAAUCUUCUCUUUUCCGAUUUAGCAAGAGAUUUUGUGUCAUUGCCAGAGAAGAAUCAAAUAUAUUCGGAAUAUUUGGGAAAGACUCUUGACUUUAUUUUGGCGUUGAGAAACUGUCCUGUUAAUAGAAUGAAAGUUUGUGUUACAUCCGAUGCAGAAUUAUCAAAGUGCAUCAAAAUGAAGAUUGCUCUGGAUGCACAAUUAUUGAAACCACAAAUUAUUUGUCACAAAGGUUACAGUCAUAUUAACUGCAUGCGUGAAAUAGAAAAGGGAUUCGCUGACGUAACAGUAUUGGAUGCGAGUGACAUUUACACUGCCGGUUUACGUUUUAAUUUAAUUCCAUUUAUUUCUGAAGUUUAUAAUCUUGGCUCUCCUGAAUAUUAUGUGGUAGCCGUUGGUAAAGAAAACGACCCUGACACGGAUUUAACGUAUUUAAAAAAUAAAUACACUUGUCACACAGGAAUUAAUACAGCUGCAGGAUGGGUGUAUCCACUUUCUUAUUUGCUUACCAACAGAUGGAUGAGAGGAUAUGGCUGUAAUUCUAUUCGCGCUGCUGCUGAAUAUUUCACCAAAUCUUGUGUACCUGGAGCUCUCAGUACAGAAUAUAAUAUAGGUGUGCCUUAUGACAAUUUGUGCGAUCUUUGUCAUGGAACAAGUAAACAAUAUUGUCGAAGAGAUCAUUCUGAAGAUUAUUUUGGAUACACUGGAGCUUUCAGAUGUUUAGUGGAAGGUGGAGGCGAUGUUGCUUUUGUGAAGCAUACAACAGUAGCAGAAAAUACAGAUGGUAAACGAAAGGAAUGGUGGGCUCGUAAUACAUUUACGAGAGAUUUUCAACUUCUCUGUCCAGAUGGAACUCGUCGCGGUACUAAUAAUUAUAAAGAAUGUAAUUUGGGAAAAGUUGCCGCUAAUGCAAUCGUUACUCGUGGAGGAGAGGGUUACAACGAGACACAAGUCAAUGCAUAUAUUAAUCUUUUUAUUUAUGCACAACAAUUCUAUGGUAGAAAGGAACAGGAUGAUUUUAGUUUUAGUAUGUUUUAUAGUGUUCCACCGUACAGUGAUUUAAUAUUUCAAGAUGCAACACAACAGUUGGUCAUUAUUCCAAAGGAAAAACGUGAAUAUACUGCAUAUUUAGGUCCAGAUUUUAUGAGAGCAAGAAGAAUCGUUGAUUGCGCAGCUGGAGCUGCCUCAUUAACAUAUUCUCUAUUGGGCUCUUUUACCAUGAUUAUUUUUACUCUAUUUUUUAGCAGAUAAAUAUUUUUGAUAAUUUUUUUAAAUUUUACACUUAAUGACCGAGUAUAAAAAAAUGUUUGAGAAUUAGUGUUAUGGUAUUUAAGAGCCAGUAGAAUUUCAAUAUUAUAAUACUCUUGACUUCGAAAAAUCGUAUAUAUAUCUAUUUGAAUCUCAAAUUUUAUAAGAGAAAUUCUACAAGACUGUAUUUGAUACUGUACAUAUCCGUGUAAUAAUACCAAAAUGACUUUUUUGAAUUAUUUCGAUUUGCAUUUUUCAUUUAAGGUCAUGUGAUUAUUGUGAUUUCACAUGUAAAUAUUCUCCGCAAAUUUUUUCACAAAAUACUGGCGUAGAAAAAUUACAUGUGAAAUCACAACAAUCACAUAAACUUAAGAUGUUUAAAAAUAGUUGAACUUUGAAAAUUCGCUCGUUAAAUUUAAGAAGUAAAUAUUAGUGGAGAUUAUAGUAAUAUUAUUGUUAAUAAUUAUAACAAAACGUUCUGUUCCAAUAACGUUUUUGUCUGCUUAAAUAACGUUUUGAAAAUGGUUCAUGUUUGCCAAACGUUUUCGGAACAUGAAUCAUUCUUAGAAUGUUAUGUUAACAUACAUUUUCGUUCUAAAAACGAUUUAGAAACCUCAUUGGAGGUUAGGCCCACUGAGAAAAUUAUUUGAACAAUAUUUGAGAAUUAGUCUUAUUUACACUUUGUAAUGUUCUUUAAGAUCAUGUGGAAAAAAGUCAUAUUUUAGAACUCUCAACCUUUUUCUUAAAUGAAAAAUGAUUUUGGGGUUAAAAUUUUUAAGAAAUUAUGGAGAUGGGUACAAGGAACAUUGUUUUUCUACUCAUUUACUAUAAUUUAACGCAAAAAUGAUAAAAAUUGAGACGGAAGGGAUUUUUAUCAACACAGAUCACUAAACUUGAACAAUUAUUUUUCGAUCAAAUAUCAACUCUUUCAGCUACUGAUACUCUCAAUCAGGUGACGUCUGUGUAUUCACCGUCAUGUCAUUUUUUCAAAAUAUGACUUUUUAAAUUUAUUUUUUUUUAAUAACUUAACGCGAAGUUUUGUUUUUCCAUGAGAAUAGCAAUGUGCAUUGUACGUUUCUCUAUCAUCUCUGAAAAUUUUAGCUCAAAAUCCUUUCUUAUUUUUGAGAAAGUUUGGUUUUGGUAAAACACAUUUUACCAUACUUGGUCUCAUGGAAAUAUUCAACAUGGUCUUAAAAAGAUUUUUAUACAAAAUUAUUACAUUGUAUAUAUAUUUUAUGCAUAUACAUUCGUAAAGUACAAUUGACUAUGAGUCAAAAAAAAACUAUGAACUAUGUAGUUUUUAGAUAAUUGUAAAAGUUGUUAAACUUACAUAUAUUGCGCCUUUUGAAGUGAAUGCGAUUUUUACUGAUAAGAAGAAGAUAGUUUCUAAUUUUUAACGAUAUUUACUAUAAAAUUUUAGAUCUGAUUUUAUAUUAAUUCCGUCCAUUUUUAAUAUUUUCAUAAUUUUAAUGAUAAUUAAUUUUGAUAUUGUACAUCGUUUUUAAUAUACUAUGCCGUCCAUGAAAAUUUUUAAAUAAAA